UAUUAACAUCAUUCUGUACCACUCAUUUGUUCUACUAUUUCAUAUUUACAUUCACGAUUCCCGGUAACUCGGAUCUUACGUAAUAAUGUUUAUAUUUCUACAUAAAGGUUAUUGAUAGUUCAUAGUAUGUUUUCAAAAUAUUCUAUUAUAAUUUUAUUGAAAACUCGACUGGAAGGGAGAGCUUCGCAGUUGGCAGUCGGAGGACUACUUUGGAACGUCGUGGAGGAUGGAGUUAAUAAUUCCUUUGUGUCUGGUUUUUAAAUUCUGUUUGGCGAGCUACCAUGAGCAAUAUAGAGUGCCUCAAGCUUCAUCGGAUAAAUGGGAAUCGUACGUUUUCAAUGAAAAGGAAUAUUUAAUACAAAAUUUGCCAGUAAAUUGGGAAAACGCGAAGAUAUUGUGCCGCGGCCACCACAACGGUUCCCUGGCCAUCUUGGACACGAGAGAUAAAGCAGAAUUCUUGGCCGAAGCACUUUCAGAGUCGCAGUUUUCUAUAGAAUCAGUAUGGGUUGGAGCCAGGAGAGAUUCCGCCGAAGAUCCAGAAGGGUACAGGUGGUUUCAUGGCGUGGAACUCAGGAGGACCGCGUUGGAUAUCCUCAGGAGUGAGGGAGACAGCAAUGUAGCUCGGCAUUAUCCUGUGUGGCUGAACAGGACCCAUGUCCCGGUGCCAGACGGGGGCGCUGACUGCGUCGCCCUGGAGAGAGUAUACCACGACAAGCCCGUGUUUCUGGACCUCCCCUGCAGCUUGGAGAGGCCAUUUGUGUGUGAGCGAGACUCUCACUACCAAAGCCCAGUAUCGGAGCUGAAGACCGUGCGCUGUAGAUCCGGGCUGUACCACGUGUAUGAUGGCUGGAUGAACUGGCACCAGGCAGCAGCCUACUGCGUGCUUCGGAAGAUGAGUUUAGCGAAUAUCGCGAGCAUGCGGUGUUUGAAGAAGCUUGGCAUGACUAUGCUCAAAACGAGACCCAGCAUAGAGAACGCAUGGGUAGGCGCAAAGGGAGCUCUGGGCAGAUGGACCUGGAUCGACUCCGGGCUGAGCAUCUUCCAGCCGCCGGUGUUGCUCGACGUGCAGCCGGAACAGUGGCCACCCAUGAGAGACAUAAGAUCAAUAAAGCAGAGCGGAUGCCUGCAGCUGGACCGGCACGCGUCGCACCCGCCAGUCUUCAUGGAAGCCAGGUGCGAGAGGAAGAUGCAGUUCAUCUGCUACCAAGGUCAAGAUGCAUUGAGAACUGGAGUAGCGCCACCUAGUGACGACGUGUAUUACUACGUACUCGUCCGCCAGUUAUUCUAUUGGCAACAUGCUUACGAAAACUGCUUGAAAUUAAAUGGCAUGCUUGCCAGCCUCGAUAAUAACGAUAUUUUGAUCCAAUUACUACUUCUGAUGGGAGAAAAUAAAGAACAACCUAUCGAGCACGUCUGGGUCUCUGGUCGCCUAAACAUGACAAAAGAUGUCGCCACAGAGGGUGUCUCCUACAGCUGGUUCAAUCCGAGUAACGGAAAACGGAUCCCUGACCAUAAAUCUGGUGACUCUACUCUUGGUUUGUAUAUGCCUCCCUGGUUGGAUGAAGAGUUCACAAUGGACUCUUCCUGCUUGAACCUGGACAGGCAGGACCAUUUGAGCGGCCUGGUCUAUGGGCUACCAUGCGAUACUCCACAGUAUUCUAUAUGUAUGAUUGAAAAGUCUUCUAAAGGGAAUGCAGAGAACAUUACAGAUGGAUAUGAAUCUCCAUAAUAUUAUACAAGAAUUCUCAGAAUACUGAUCAUUCUGACAAAAAAUUAUACAAAAUAAAAUAUGUAUAUACAA